AUGGAAUCCUUCCGGCCAGUCGUAUUCACUGGGACGGAAACGUUGCACCAACCCGAAGGCGGCGACCCUCCACCAAAGUUCGUCAGGCUCACAGAGGAACAGCGUCAGCGCGUCAGGACACUGCGAAAAGAUGCCUACAUGACGUUUGCCGAAAUAUAUGACAUCACCGGCUUUUCGCAAAAACAGAUCCGACGCGCAAUCAAUGGCCCCAGUGGACCACCGCGUAGGAUGGGCAGGCCGCCCAAGACCCCGGAGCAAAGGGCGGCCGACAAGGCCGCGAGGGAGGCUGCCAAAGCUGCUGAGUUGGGCAGGUUGUCCGAGGAAUCGUCGGGGGAUCAGUCGCGGGCCGGAGGUCAAGAUGGUGCAACUCCUCAGCAAAGCCCACCGCCGCCAACGGUAGCGUCAGGUGCUCGCUCGGCCACUCCGGAUUUGGCAGCUGUGGCCCGACAUGUUCGGGAUUCUGUUUCCACCCAGAGGUCAACCGCUGAUCCGGAGCCUAUGGACCCACCAGCCGCAGAUAAACAAAAAGAGCAAGGAAGGUUGAAUAAUCCGAUGGAGAUUGAUGAUGAUGAAGAGAGUCCUGAAGAGAGUCCGCCACCACAAACUCCCACCGCUGCCCCGAUUCUCACAGAACCUUCUCAUACCCUCACACCGGCAAUACCAACGCAGGCGUCAAUACUUGUCCCGCCGCAUCCUGUCUCCACCAUCACGACCGCCUCUCAUCCAUCCCCCACGCAGUCAACGUAUUCAACGCAAUCCCAGGGCCCAGUAUCUGUUCCGCCGUCUCCCGUACAUACAACCAACGACCCAGCCAUUGUAACUCCAGCGGCUGUUCCAGGUCCAGCUAUGCCAGGUUAUAUCGCGAAUGGGCCUGCAGGAGGGUUUGCAUUUCCGUUUCCUCAGGCACAGCAACAUCCGCCGCCGCCACCACCGCAGCGGAAAAGGCUCUUCAUCGUUUGGUGUGAAAUGGCCCGCUCCUUUGGACGGCACAAGCCUCCCACCGCCAUGAUUGGCGUGUAUUCUACAAGGAACUUUGCAAAUGAGCACGGUUGUCGCGUCAUUCGACAGUAUUGUCUCAAUGGCAAGUGCAAGGUCCCUCAGCCCAAGUGGUGGGUGGAGGAGAGGGACCUGCUGGAAGAGGGCGACCCGGGGCUAUAUUAG